AUGUCGUUUCCAAAGUAUAAGCAAGCCCUCAGAGUUGGGCCACUCUACCCCGACCCUCGACCCCGAUAUGACAUAUCUCCGGAAACCCAGAAGGUGCAAGCCAAGAGGUUGGCCAUAAGAGCCCGGCUUAAACUGGAGUAUCUGCUUCAGUACAACGACCCCAACCACCAAGGGCUCAUUGAAGAUCCUGCCUUAAUUUGCUGGACCUACGAAAGAUCAGCAAAUAUCUACCCAAAUUUCAGACCCACUCCCAAGAACUCACUCUUAGGAGCUCUGUUUGGAAUUGGAGCCCUCUUCUUCUGGUAUUAUGUUUUCAAAACUGAUAGGGAUAGGAAGGAAAAACUUAUCCAGGUAGGAAAAUUGGACCUAAAAUUUAAUAUCUCCUAUUAG